CUGGUCAGGACUAAAUGCAAUUCACGAUACUUUAUACGUUUUUUUUUCUGUUGUGAAACUGAAUUCACACCUCUUCAGCAAGCAAUCAUCGACAACAAACCAAUUGGUGAUGCUAUAAAGGACGAAUUGACCUUCCUCCAUCGGAAGUAUCCGACCCUUGCGAGUAGAAACGGAACGCCCUAUUUAGCGAAAAAGCUGAAUCUUCUCCUUAUGCAUCACAUUCGGAACUGUUUACCAGCAUUGAAAGCCCGAGUGUCCAUUAUGCAUGCCCAGUGCCAAGCUGAUCUUCUAGCGUUUGGAGAGCCAGUGGAUGACAAAAGCCGGACGCUUCUUCAAAUAAUCACCCGAUUCGCUACGGCUUACACUUCUACAAUUGAAGGCACAUCCCGAAAUAUUGAAACUACAGAGCUAUGUGGAGGAGCUCGCAUUUGCUUCAUAUUCCACGAAACAUUCGGGAAAUCGCUGGAAAGCGUGAAUCCUCUCGAAAACCUCACUCAAAUGGAUAUAUUGACCGCAAUUAGGAAUGCUACGGGUCCUCGUCCAGCUCUUUUUGUUCCGGAAGUAGCAUUUGAGCUGCUAGUCAAACGUCAAAUUCAACGUCUGGAAGAGCCAAGUCUACGAUGUGUCGAGCUGGUACAUGAAGAAAUGCAACGAAUGGUCAAACAUUGUGGACUUACUACUCAGGUCGCCAAUCAAGUAGCGAUAGAGCUUGCAUAUAUCAAUACCAGGCAUCCUGAAUUCGUCGGUGAAGCCAACAGGACUCUAGUGAAUGCCGAAGAAGCUAUCUCAGAUAGAAGUCGACCUCGACAGCGCACAUCGUCAACGGGCGAAAGGGCUCCGAGCGUUAAUUCGGAUCAGGCCCCCUAUGUGGUUCGCAUGAGGGACGGCAACGAGGCCGUGUUCACAAGUGGUUCCAUGACAAGCCUCGACCGUCGAGCUGUGAAGUCGGUACAAUUCUCGAAUUACAACAUACUGAAGGAGAUGGUAAAUGCUGUUCCCAUGCCAGGCGCAGGGGACGCUGCCAUUAACGGAGUUUCAAAACCACCAAUGGUUAACGGAGAAUCGAAGAAAAGCUCGUGGUGGUUUGGCAAGUCCACUCCGGAAGAGUCAUCUGAAGUGGUUCCGAAGGCAGCACAUCUUCUACCAGAGGUACCUGAGAAGCCUCUUGCGCGCCAGCUUACUCGAAACGAACAGAAGGAUUGCCUCAUUAUUGAACGUUUGAUACGAAAAUAUUUCAUGAUUGUCCGCAAGAAUGUUCAGGAUAGCGUUCCUAAAGCCAUCAUGCACUUCCUAGUAAAUUACGUGAGGGAUAAUCUCCAGUCAGAACUGGUACGUCAGUUGUAUAAGCAAGAUUUGUUAGAAGAUUUGUUGUCCGAGACCGAGGAUAUGGCUCAGCGUAGAAAGGAAACCCUCGAGACGAUGAAGGCACUUAACCAAGCGAGUCUAAUAAUCAGCGAAGUGCGGGAGACUCAGCUAUGGUAG